CGGGUGAAGUAUCUGUUCCUGACCUGGCUGGCGGUGCUGGUGGGCAGCUGGGUGCUCUAUGUGCAGUUCUCAGCGUACACAGAGCUGUGCAGAGGACACGAGUGCAAGAACGCCAUCUGUGAUAAAUACAGGAAGGGGAUAAUCGAUGGGUCUGCAUGCAGCAGCCUGUGUGACAAAGACACUCUCUACUUGAGCAGGUGUCUGUCAACACUGGCUGAUAACCAGGUGUACACAGGAAGCUGGGGGGACCAUGAUGGGAUCAUCCGCUGUAAGCUGGGGGAGGUUGUGCACUUAGAGCUGGGCGAGGAGCCGGAGCCCCGGAGAGAAACCCCCGUGUUCGACAAGCCCACCAGAGGCACCUCAGUGGAGAAGUUCAGAGAGAUGGUCUUCAAUCACCUCAAGUCCAAGCUCGGAGAGCAGGCUAACCUCGCCAGCCUCGUCAGCCAGAUCCUCACUGUCGCCGACGGCAACAAAGAUGGACGGGUGUCACUACCAGAAGCCCGCUCUGCGUGGGCCCUCCUGCAGAUGGAUGAG